UGUACCUCUCGAGCCCUGCAGGGGGCGCCUCCCGGCAAGGAUCCAGCACCGCCCGAGGCUUCCUGGCCGAUCAGACGACGACGCCGCCCGGCCUCGCAGCCCCCUCCCCAGCGCCGCCCCCGCUCCAGCGCCGCCCGCCCGCCCGCCAUGGCGGAGUGGGCCCCCGCCCAGCUCCAGGAAUGGAACGUGGAAGCCCAACAUUUGAUGCCCCUCCAGCCUCCUCUGGUCCCCGAGCUGAGCCACAUGCGAGAAGCGCAGCUGCACACCGCCGAGGCCUCCCUCUGGAGCGUGGUGGCCACCGUCCAGGCCAUGGAGAGGAAGAUCGACCUGUUGGCCACCCGUCUGCUCAGCUUGGAAGGCCGAUCCGGGACGGCCGAGAAGAAACUCUUGGAUUGUGAGAAGACAGCUAUGGAGUUCGGCAACCAGCUGGAGAACAAGUGGGCUGUCUUGGGCACCCUCAUCCAAGAAUACGGCCUCCUGCAGAGAAGGCUGGAGAACAUGGAGAACCUUCUCAAGAACCGCAAUUUCUGGGUCCUCCGGCUGCCCCCGGGAUCCAAGGGAGAAAUCCCCAAGAUGCCGGUUACGUUUGUGGACAUUGCGGUUUAUUUCUCCGCUGAAGAGUGGAAGAAUUUGGCUGAUUGGCAGAAAGACCUCUACAACAACCUUCUGAAGGAGAACUACGAAUCCUUGCUAGCACUCGGUGCCAACGUCAACGUCGCCAAACCGGAGGGGCACCCCAGGGCCGAGCGGGUGGCCCCCGAACCCAGCGUCCCGGAGCCGAGUGCGAAGGAGCGCGAAGUCAUCUCUGAGCCUUGCACAGGACCCUUGGCCUCCACGCCGGAUAUCCUGACACGCAUCAAGCAGGAGGGGGCGUUCAGCGGGGGAGGCCCCUUCUCCGAGGACAGAGGCCUGGUGGCGGAUCCGUGCGCAGGUGCCCAGGGCCUCAUGUCUGCCCACGACUUCUUAUCCUGGAUUAAGCAAGAGGAGAGUUCUUGUGUCCGACAUCAGUGGGACCCGUCGGAAAGGGAGACCCUACCUGUGCAUGGGGGCCCGGCUGGAGACGCAAUGACCACCAUCAAAGCCGAGCAGCCACGCCUGUGCCCGGAAGAGUCGGCGAGACCUCGGGAGAUGCUGUUCCAGGGAGAAUCUCCUGCAGCAGCCGUUCUCGCUGUUCCUCCAGCAGCGGAAGGCUAUGAGGCUCCUCGUGGGCCGCCCGUCAGCCCCACCAAAUGUAGAGCGGGUAAAUCUCUGGAGUUAGACAGUGAGCUGCAAAGCAUCCUGGGCCCUCCACAAGGCUCGGCUGAAAGGCCCCACGGCUGCAGUGAGUGCGGCAAGAUGUUUGGGGUAAAAAAGAGUCUCAAAGUCCACCAGCGCAGCCACCAUGGCCAAGCCCGGCCGUACGAGUGCGCCGAGUGCCGCAAGAGCUUCAAUUGCCACUCGGGCUUGGUGCGGCACCAGAUGACCCACCGGGGCGAGCGCCCUUACAAGUGCGCCGAGUGCGGCAAGUGUUACAGCCGCAAGGAGCACCUGCAGAACCACCAGCGGCUGCACACGGUACUGGCGCGCCUGCAUGGUACUUGCACAUGUGCAGGAUGCUAUUCCUUGCACAACAAGCGGUCUCAUUUUGCUGGAUGCUCAAGGACAUCGUGUGUCUUUCGGGCUUCUGUUGGAUGCCACCGGCUGCACAGUUAUACUUUUCCCGUCAUUUUCUGACAGAGUGACUCAAAACGUAUAGCGGCAGAACCACGCUCCAGAUGGAUCCUUUGCUUUUUUUAAAAAAAAUAAAAUAAUGUUUUUCCAGAUGUACGGAUGGAACCAUUUACGCAGAAAUCCCUUUACGUUGCGUAGCUCGCCACUCCGUGGGACUUCUUGUUCAAGCCACCAGUCGAUUCCUUUCUCUUUUCUUUUCCUCUUCACUUCCUUUUCCCGGUUCCCAGUUUUAUUGCGAGUGCGGGGGAAAAACUUUUUGAAUUUUCGAAAAGAAAUCUUGUGGGUCUGACCUGCAGCAGCCGUAUUAAUUUGUUCCCCCUGGGCUCUCUCUCUCUCUCUCCUCUGCUGCUUUUAGGAUUUUAAAACUCCCUUUUUAUCUCAUAAAAUGUGGGCCGCCUCGUUUUGUUUUUUAACGAACAAUAUAUUAAUUACCCACACAGAGAGACGUUCUGUUCAGGAUGUAGUUUUGUAUUGAAGGUGCAUUGCAAAUAAAGACAAAUUACCA